AUGUCUACUAGUAAUCAUUCUUUACCAUCAUUGUCUAUGCUUUUAAGUACUGAUUCAAUACUUCCUUCCCCAAUUGAUUCGUUCCCAACGAAAUUUCGUACAGAUGAUCAUGGAAUAAUCAGAUUGCCACCUUUAUCCACAAAUGCCGGUCACAAUACCCGUCCAAAGCCCUUAGAAAGUGCAUUGAGACAUUCCUCUGAUCCACUUCCUACACCAACUCCAGAAUUAGAACCAAAGAACGCUUUGAGAAAUGAUAUGAUAACCACUUUACAGUCACCAGCAACACCAGUCGUUAAAAACCAUGACGCUAAGAGAAUAAAUAGUAUGAUUACUCCAUUAACUGCCGCUAGAGAUGCUAUAACGCCAUCGAGUAAUGAUAAAAAGCGUGCUUUUGCUUUUAUAACACAUUCACAGGAGACAUUUGGUGUCAAAGAACCAAAAAUUGAUAAUGCUCCUUUAGCACGUCGUAAGAGAAGAAGAACAUCUACACAAGAGUUAAAUAUUUUACAAGCAAGUUUUGAUAAAUGUCCAACUCCAGAUAAAAAGGAAAGAUUGGAACUAGCAGAUCGUUGUAACAUGACAGAAAAAGCUGUCCAGAUUUGGUUUCAAAAUAAAAGACAAGCUGUAAAAAGAGCCAAAUUAGCAAUGACAACAAAAUCAAAUACUUCCAUUGAUAAUAGUAGCAUUUCAGAUAGUAAUACUUCCAUGAAUCUGGUUGAAUCAACUCCAUUGGCCACCAAAGUGGCUAGUGCAAUCAAUAACUAUAGCAAGAGCGCCAGCACAUCUUCUGUAGCGACUGAUGCUCAACAAAACCUGAACAAAACUCCAAAAAUUUAUAUCCCUUACUGCAAUACUAAAUGUGGUGACACAACACCAAUAAGGAAAUCAACUUUAUCAAGAGAUUCCUCGCCAAUUAGAAGAUCCCCUACUCCAAAUACUUCUAGAGUAGGACAAGCACUGACGUUCCAUUUGAAAUCUGAUAAAAAAAUUCUUACGCCAGUAAAGACAUCACCAAAUAAUAAAGUAAAUAAAUUGAUAAAUGGUUAUUCUUCAUCAGUUGAUGAAAAGAAUUUGUCACCAAACAGAAAGGGCAAAUUGGAAUUUAGGACUGCUGGACAAGGUCCAUUAAAAGAGUUAAGUACGAACAUUGUUUGA